UUCUCCUCCCCGCGAACCUGCACCUGCUAGUGAAGUACUACACGGUCAACCCAGUGGUUUCCCCCAUCCCGCUCGGCCGGCUCUACUCUCCACCGGCGCCAUCGCUUCGCCGCCGCCCCAUCCUGCCGGACUGCGUCACCUCUCGCCGGCUGUCGCAAGAGGCGCAGUAAUGCUAGGGCCUCCCGACGGGUCGAUUUUGACCGAGGUCGCCAUGGAAGGUAAGAAGCAGCCGCAACCGGCGGUGGCAGACUCCUCCGCCACGGUAUCGAAGGUGCUCGACGAUAACAACCUCCUCGUUGAGAUCCUUCUCCGUGUCAGCUUCCCCAACACCCUCGUUCGUGCCGCCCUGGUCUGCAGACGCUGGCUAUGCCACGUCUCCGACAAGGCCUUCCUUGUCCGGUUCCGUAAGCUGCACCCCCCUCGCCUGCUUGGCUUCUACAUCGACACCGGGACGGGGCCCCGUUUCACGCCGUUGCUGCCUCUGCCACCAGAGCUCGCCGCCGUCAUCGACCGUGCAUGCUUCUGCCCGGACACCUGGCAGUGCAUACGGGCUCACGUCCUCGACUGCCGGAAUGGCUGCGUCUUAACUAUGCUCCUAGACGGCCCUAGAUUCAAACUUGGAGUGCAUACCGCUUUGUGCGCUGAGAGAGACAUGAUGACCGUCCUACCAUUUCCAAGGUAUAACCGGCCGGAGGGCAGGUUCUGCAUCUGGCCGUGUCUCCUCUCCAAAGAACAAGGCGACGACUUGUCCUACUUUUAUGUUCUGAUCGAGUCUUCAGAGGAGACCACUAAGGUUACGGUGCGAGUAUAUAUGUUGCAACAGGGUGUCUGGCGCACACAUCAUACCUUGGCCACUGACCAGCCAUCUCUUCCGCUAUGGGACCCAAAACUUGUGCUGGUCGACAGUAAAAUUUAUAUCACAGUUGCCCCGAGAAAUAUUAUGGUCUUGGAUUUGUCGGUCUCAAGUUGCUCUACAAUUUGUCUCCCACAGGGGGUGGAGUAUGGAGAUAGAGACGCCAUGUUGUCACGGGCAGAUGAUGCAUCUAGUGUAUAUCUUAUUCAAGUGAAGGAGCUUCAGCUUCAUAUCUGGCUCCACAAGGGGAACAACUGGCUGCUGGUGGACACCAUCUUUAUGAGUGAGAUGGUUGCUGAUUUGAGGAUGCAAGAUUACACUGUUGAGGAUGAGCAUAUUGAUGUUCUUCGGAUACUGCAGGUCGGGGACAACGCUGAGUUUGUGUUCUUCCAGAUGGGUCGAUGCAUACUGUAUCUAGAUAUCAAGGGCAAGACAUUGCGUAAAGUGUAUGAGAUGAAAGAUAAGGAUUCGUAUUCGGCUUAUUAUAUUUUUCCCUUCAAGAUGGUUUGGCCUCCUAUAUUUCCUGCACUGAAGCUGAACCUUCAAGAAUCGCCAUCUGAAGAACAAUAUCAUCCAGCUCAGUGAGAAGGACCAUAAGGUUGCUACAAAAGAAAAUUUGUCUGUGGGCAUCGUAGAUUCUGGCGCCCAAACCCUGCGAGGCCUCCUGUAUAUCUGCCACGAUGAUUCAAGGAUAUGGCCACAUUGGGAAUAUGGGUUCAUUUUGCUGGUUACAUAUUUCCCACGAUACCAAGCAUAUCUAGAGGGGUGCAAAGCUGUGAAUAUUUCACCCACUCCUUGUGUUGCGUAGACUGUAGUAUUUUGUCUUUGGAAAAGUUUGUCAGUCAUUGUGAAAUACGUAGGUUUUUGUGUAGGUGUGAUAUAUAAUAGGUGAAAUGGCUCCAGGUACACAUCCCUCCGGGAUGAAAAGAAGAGACAUUUAGAAACGCCUGACGAUGUAAGAAAAUCCAAAUGCAUGCCCUCCAGGAUGAAAAGAACAAGACAUUUGGAAA